GUCAGCAGAGGGCGAAGUGAGUUUUUCAGGUGAUGCUCUUGCGUGACGUAUAAUCUAGUGGACGGACAUGAAUCCUCUUCCACAGCGACAAAAGGCUACUGAUUUAACCAACGCAGUGGUUUGCUAGCAAACAUAAAAGAGAGUCAUUGAAGCGUUUUAGACCAAUCUUGUGUAUGUUACUCUUCGUGUUUUGAACAUACUGUACCCAGGGUCGUUACAAUACUUUUGUUGACCUAUCUACUAGCUCAUUUCAACGUAAUUUGCUAGUGAAAUUAGCGAAUGUGUUAAAUUGAUACAGCGUUAGGCUAAUCUCCCGGGAACAUGAGCUCACUUAGCAAGACGGAGAAAGAAGCUCUGGUGAAAUUAGAGAAAGAAGCUUUCAGAAUGAAAAAGGAGGAAGAGGAGGCUGAUAUCACAGUGAAAUGGGAAUAUGGGAAAGAGGUUGUGGAAGAGGAGGAGGUAGAAGCUUUCAGAAUCAAAAAGGAGCACGAUGCCAUAACAUUGAAAGAAGAGGAAGAACCUUUUGGAGUAAAAGAGGAAGAGGAGGCUAUCUCAAUUAAAGAGGAGGAGGAAGACGUUUUGGGAUUAAAAAAGGAGGAGGAGACUGAAGAUCUGAUUACCACCAGAGAGAGACAUGACUAUCCUGGAUCCUCUGGGGAGCCUCAACAACAUCCUGAUGCUGACGAGUCAGAGAAGAGUCUCUCCAGAUCAGAACACCAGAUGGACAACGCUAGCCCUUCCUCCCUCCUGGAGUCCCCGUGUCGUGCCUCUCCCGGUAGCACCUUACUGCUGGGUAUGAAGAGGUUGUCUGUGCUGCUGGUGGACUGCAGGAAAACAAUGGGGCUGGGUGGAACUGUGAGAGGAGGAGAAGAGAAGAAAGGAUCACAUUUGACUCGUCAAAGAGGAAAACCAGACUCAGAGGAACCAGAUACAUCCAAACUAGCAAGACGACACCUCUGCUCCCAGAUUGGAACGAGUUUUACCAAGUUAGGAAGCCUGAAAAGACACGAUGGGACACAACCAGGAGAUCGGGAAAGUGACACAGAAUUACUACAGGACGAAGACGAGUCAUUGAGCGAACUUAGCUUUGACUCCCAGACGGAAGAUAUGUUUUUACACGGCGAGGACAUCGUUUUGGACUGUGCCGGGGACUCGGAUGAACAAUGGGAACCCACAAUGUCAAGGUGUCCAUCCCCCACUAAUUCAGAUGCUGAAGCUGGUUCAUCCAGCAGGACCCCUGCUGUCUCGGGCUCCACACCUUCCCCUGCCCGGCCAUCUAGAGGUGUGAAGAGGCCAGCCCAGAAGCGGAGGAGGGCCAGUGAACCAGCGGCAACUACCACCGAGGCAGAGGACCGUUGGCACACUGUGCUAGAAGAUGAUGUGGAGCCACUUCCACCAACAUUUAGACCGAAAAGGCAGCCAGGACCUCAGCUGGACAUGACUGCAAAUUACAGCCCCCUUCAUCUUUUCCAGAUGUUUUUCUCCUUGUCAGUUCUUGAUUCGCUGGUGUCUAACACCAACAAGUAUGGGGCUAAGAAACAAGGAGGCAAGAAAGAUGCAUGGAAGCCCGUUUCCGUCCAAGACCUGUACUGUUACAUCUCACUGGUCAUCUACAUGGGGCUGGUGAAGUUGAAAACCCUGAAGAGCUACUGGAAAACAUCACCUCUCUACCUACUGCCUUUCCCCACCACUGUCAUGUCUUGUAAAAGGUUUCUGACUAUCUCACGGGCGCUUCAUAUCAGUGACCCACAAGUUGACGAAGACAAUGACAAGAAGAGAGGCACAGCAAGCUUUGAUAGGCUCUGCAAAAUCAAACCUCUCUACCCCAGCAUGGUUGAAGCUUGCAAGGCCCAUUUUCAGCCCAACCAGAACGUGUCCAUAGAUGAGAGGAUGGAAGCCUCAAAGGAUAGAAUUGGCUUCAAGCAACGUAUGUAUAACACGCUGUGUGGGUACAAACUCUUUGUUCUGGCCGAUUCUGUGUGUGCCUACACUUGGAAUUUGUUUGUUUAUGAGCAGGAAAGCAGUGUUGCGACCGGUAAGGGACUCGGUUAUGAUUCCGUUAUGGAGUUGUUGGAUUUUCAACUGCUGGGGACGGGCUACAAACUGUUUGUGGACAAGUUUUACACAAGCCCUACCCUUUUCACAGACCUGGGGAAGCUGAAUGUGUGGGCUUGUGGCACCAUCUGUACCAAAAGAGUGGGUUUUCCCAAAACAAAAGUAAACGACAUGCCAAAGAGGGCUGAUAGGGGUACCAUGCGAUGGAUUCGUAAAGAUGACCUGCUCUUUGUAAAGUGGAUGGAUACCAGAGAGGUGGUCAUGUGCUCCAGUAUCCACAAAUCAUACAGUGGCAAUCACGUCGGCAGGCGUGUGAAGAACGCUAAUGGGGCAUGGACCACAAAAAAUGUCCCCAUUCCUGCUGCUGUGAAAGAUUACAACAAGAGCAUGGGAGGUGUGGACCUGUCAGACGCUCUGAUAGGCUACAACAAUGUUCUCCACAAGACAAUGAAAUGGUACAGGACAUUGUUCUAUCACUUCAUCGACAUUGCUGUGGUGAAUGCAUUCGUCCUUCAUGAGGAAAUGGCUAAGAGCUCUGGACAGACCCCCAUGACACAGCUAGCCUUCAGAGAGCUGCUCAUCCAGGAGCUUGCUGGCUACAGCAAGUCCACUGCAUCACAUUCUGUCCCUUCUACUCCUGCCACCUGUAGUGUUCACAUGCCCAGAUUCCUUUCUGCAGGCAUGAAUGUGCCUCGGGGCAAAAAGGGCACAGUAGGGAGGCGUCGUUGUGUUCUGUGUCACAGGAAAGGCCCUGUCACCUGCACCACUUGUUCUGUUACCCUCUGCUUUACACCAGAAAGAGACUGCUAUGGGCCUUGGCAUCAGCAGCACGAUAUUGUGUAGAGGACUGAGGGUCUUCCAAAUACUGGCAUUCUAAAGUCUGUAAUUAAUUAUAAUUUUUUUCAUAAUUUUCUCCCCUUUGGUUUUUUUUGGGGGGGGGGGGGGUGUGUUAGCAUAGCAUUUUUGUAUCUUGUAUAUAGUUAUUUGCUUGAAAAUGUAUCAUUUUACCAAUUCGGCCACUUGGGUACAUUUGGGCAACUUGUGUGGGACACCUGGGUGACUUCAUGCCAAAUGCCAUGUAGCUCGCUCAUUCCUGAAGUUAUCAGUCUAAAACUUUACACACACACACUGCUGCCAUCUAGUGGCCAACAUAUAAAUUGCACCUGGGCUGGAAUAAUACAUGAUGGCCUUUCUCUUGCAUUUAAAAGAUGAUGGUACAAAAAAAGUACUUUUUUUCUUUGUAUUAUCCUUUACCAGAUCUAAUGUGUUAUGUAUUCUCCAGCAUUCCUUUCUUUGGGUAUGGGUAUUUGGGUAUGUCAAUAAAGGUGAAAAUGGGAAAAAAUGGGUGGAUCCAACAUUCAUGAACCUUCCUGGCCAAAUGGAAGCCAAGCUAAAUACAAUGUUGGCGUCAGUUUUGAUGUCUUUGGUUUUGCAAACAUUUUUGUUUAUUAGAUUAUAUUUCUCAUUAAGAAUAAUGUUGUUUUAAUUCUAUAUAGGUCAUGUGUUGUCUUAUUGGUCAAUUAUUUGAAUUAGAAUAUAGCAACUAUGCUGUCUCAAUCACUUACAGUGCCUUUGGAAAGUGUUCAGACCCAUUUGACUUUUUCCACAUGUUGUUAUGUUACAGCCAUAUUCUGAAAUUGACUAAAUAAAACAAUGUCUUCAGCAAUCUACACAUAAUACCCCAUAAUGACAUCAUAAUACCCCAUAAUGACAAAGCGAAAACAGGCUUUUUUGAAUUUUUUUGACAUUUAUUAAAAACAAAUAUCACAUUUACAUAAGUAUUCAGACCCUUUGCCAUGUGACUCAAAUUUGAGCUCAGGUGCAUCCUGUUUCCAUUGAUCAUCUUUGAGAUGUUUCUACAACUUGAUUGGAGUUCACCUGUGGUAAAUUCAAUUGAUUGGACAUGAUUUGGAAAGACACACACCUGUCUAUAUAAGGUCCAACAGUUGACAGUGCAUGUCAGAGCAAAAACCAAGCUGUGAGGUGGAAGGAAUUGUCCGUAGAGCUUCUAGACAGGAUUGUGUUGAGGCACAGAUCUGGGUAAGGGUAAAUUUCUGCAGCAUUGAAGGCCCCUGAUUUAGCCCCCUGCAGUAAAAGGUUAUUCAUGGAGUAAAAUUAUCUGUUUAAGUCAUUAGUAAAGGGCACAUUGUUAAAGAAUACAAUUCUAUUUUUUUUUUGUGGUCAAUAUCCUGUCAAUCAUUUAUUCCUUCAUAAACAGAAAACGUGUACCUAAACACAACAUGUGUGCAAAGGCCCCUCUAGGUUCACAACCUCUUGACCAUUAAAUCUGAACAGCUGACAGCUAUUUUUAAAAGGGUAAAAGUGAUCUGUUUAGGUCGUCAGUAAAGGAAGCAUAGUUAAAGAGUACAAUGAACCUUUCAAAGAG